UUACUCGUUGAAUAAAAAUUUCUAGCUCGUCGUCAUCGUUUCCAUAUUUCGUUUAGGAAUUGCAAAAACGUGAAGAUUUCAUAUACAUAUUUAGGGUAUUUUAACUUUCUUGUUAAAUUUUUUACGGUAAAUCAGUAGAAAAGUUAAUAUAAUAGUGUAAUAGAUUUCUGUGUGCUAAAAUAAGCCACAAAAGGUUGCGGAUAUAAUCAAGAAAUCAACGACGUCGUCCGUUGGUUUGCUACGUCUACUCACCUACGAGUCUUAAUCUCGUUUUCGGAAGUAAAAAUACUUCGUGCAAAAAAUUUUAUACGCGACGUAAUUUUUCGUGUAUUUCUUAAAUAAAAUCAUGGCUCAGUAAAAAUGUCUCGAUUUAAAAAUAAUACAGUGCAUAACGCUCCAUUUGGAGAUAAAUUCACCUUUAACAGUUCGCUGUCGACGAAUUCCUUCAUUUUCACCUUCCCCAGUUCCCUUCGUGCAGCCGCGAGCUGCGCUUCAGCAAGUAACUUUUUAAAUAAAAAUGGAAAACAAGAAACAGCAACAAAGCAAUUUUACACGCUCGAAGGCGUGUCAACCUACUGAUUCUUUAGUCCGCAAGUCACCUUCAGAUUUAGAUGCCAAUAAGCUUUGGCCUCGCAACUCACGACGUCGUGAGCAGCCAUCUUCCACACGUAGCGACUCUCAGCGCAAUUCUAAGCAAUACACUUCGAUCAAAACUCGUCCCAAUGUUGAUAAACGACCACGUCACCGCGUCGGUGGCGGUGGGAACAAAGCUGGUAACGUAUAUGCAGCUGACAAUAACGAAGACGGCCUUGCAUGCACUACUGACAAUGUUCCUGUUACCAGCACCGGAUUAGCCAAUAUUGUGGAACCGGUGGUGACCGGUGCUUUGGCCAAAAAAAAAUCUCUGCAAUACGUUGACUACAAGCUGAAUUCAGUGUACAUGCCAGGGAGCAAAAAACAGAAUUUGAACCAUCUGCUAAACUUUCAUUAUGCUCCACGCGACGCUGACAACGCUUUUAGCUUUAACGUUUUUGGACGUAGCGGUGGUAGCGGUGCAACUGGUGCUACUCAUCGUCAUGGAGGCAAUAGUGGCGCAAGCAAACGCCAUCGCUACAAUAAGGAGCAGUUUUUACAAGCAAAUUUUCAGUUCGUUAUAAAAUCGGGUGUUAAUUUGAGUAUUUGUGCAUCUCCCGACAAUUUAAUCGAUUGGCAUCUUAUUGAACAAAUUAAUAUACAAACUGAAGAGGAGCCGCAAUGUCCUAUUUGUCUAUAUCCUCCCAUUGCAGCUAAAUUAACACGUUGUGGUCAUGUCUUCUGCUGGCCUUGUAUUCUGCACUAUUUGGCUCUAAGCGAUAAAACUUGGCGUAAAUGUCCAAUUUGCUACGAAGCUAUCCAUACGGCUGACUUGAAAAGUACAACCAUCAUCCAACAACGUCAAUUUAAUAUAGGCGACGAAAUUACUUUUCAGUUAAUGCGUCGCAAAAAGGGAUGCAUGAUGAUAGAAAAAUUCGAGGCAAGUACUAAUCGAAACGAGCUAGAUAGCUAUCCACUACUUUCGGCCGGUGAAGAAUCAAAAUUUUCAAAAUUUUUGUAUGCUAAACGGAAUGAUAUUUUAAAAAUAAUCGAUCGUGAACAACGUGAGUUGGUUGUUGGCCAGGACCCUACAUGCCCAGAGUAUGUAUUCAUACAACAAGCUUUAGAUUUGUUAAAGGAACGACGUGAGAAGGUAGAAGAAGAAAUGGAAGAAGAAAUAGAAAGCAAAAAUGAAAUGGAUUUGCUUGAUGAAUGUGAACGCGUAACCACUGAAAUUGAAAAUAUAAAAAUUGAAGAUGACGAAAAUUAUAAUGCUGAAGGCGGGAAAAAUGUUGAGAGUUUGCAAAAUAUGGAGGAUAUCGAUGCUUCAAAUUCUGAAGGCAGUAUUAGCAAUGAGGAUACUUUAUACAACAUAAGUACUUUAACUCUAUCAUCUGCUGGAGGCGAAAAAUUGAGUGGAAAAUAUUACUACUUUUAUCAAUCGGUGGAUGGGCAAAACAUUUAUCUGCAUCCAUUGAAUGUUAAAAUGCUGCAAGCUUGCUAUGGCACGUUGGAACAUGCCCCGUCAGUAAUUAGCGCACUUGUUUUACAAAAGGAGCAUCACUCCAUGGAUGAAGAGCACCGACGCAAGUUCACAUGCUUAAACCAUUUACCUUUAACAUGUCAGUUCGCGAUUAUUGAGGUAGAUUUACAACCGCCUUUUGUAUCUAGCGGAAUAUUGCGUCUAUUUAGAGAGGAUAUACUUACGCGCAAGAAAGAGCGCCAACGUCGCGAACGCGAGGAGAGUCGCCGCGAAAGGAAGAUAAAUGAAAUUAACGAUCGACAAAUGGGAAAAUUUAUUGCUAGCACAACAAACUUGAAUUUAACUUCCGCACACGAGUUUCCAACUUGGGGGUUUGAAGAGGCACUUCCCAGCGUUGGGGGCGUUGAAAAUGCACCCAACAGCAAAUCAACCGAUAUACCCAAAAUCAAACGUCAGGCAACUUAUUCAACAGUAGCGGUUGUGGGAGGUGAAUCGCCUAACACCAGUGAGUAUUGGCCCACAUUAUCAUCUCCAAGAAACAAUAGUAACAACAUGUACAAGGAAUUAUCUACUUGGGGCAAAUCUGCUAUUUGCAACACAACAAAUCGCAACAUUAAUUCUGAGCGUUCCAGUGAAUGUGAAUCGCUUGAGGAAUCUUUAGCAGAUAAUGAUUUUACUUCGCCAAAGCCAACAGAUUUAGGCGAUGUUCUUGCCAUGGCUAUAUCACAAAAGAAGCCGGGUCCUGCAGCUACUAAUGCUGGGCAUGCUGGAGGAAUGGGAGGAAAAAAGAGUAAGAAAGCUAAAAAAAUGGUUCCACUCUUCUCAACUGGCAUAAAUAACGCUGGUAAAUAAAUUCACUUCAAGAACAAAACAGAAAAUAAAUUGAAUGACCCAUUAUGCGUACCCAUAAAUCUUACCUUAGAACUGUUUCAGAUAUUAAAUCCAUUACCCAAUAGAGAUCGGAUUAGAUGCAAUUUUUUAAUUUACAAUCGAUUUUGUUCUUUUGGUAUAUAAACAUAUUUUAAGAACACAAUAAAUAUGUCAUGUGCAUAUUCGAAAUAUGCAAUCAAUUAAUUGAAAAGAAAGUACUUGAUACUACGAUCUAAACUCUUAUUUUUAAUAUAAGUGCUAUUUUAUUGUAUUAUUAUAUUUUAAUAAUUUAAAAAAUGUUCCAUGUUAUCGCUGGAAGCUAAGAAACUUCUCACCACUUUUGCGAAAGUUAAUGGCGCAUACUUGAAUUUUG